CAAAAUUGGUAAAAUAUGGCGGAUGAAUACAAUGAAUGGCUAUAUUGUUGUACGGGAAUAUUUUUGAAGUGUUCUAGGCUAGAACACUAUUUUACCUUUGAUAGCUGGUGUAAUCCCUGCAAAGUGCUUACUCCAAGGCUGGAUGCAAUUAUUGCUGAACAGGAUGGGAAAGUAGAUCUUGCCAAGGUAGAUAUUGAUGUCAUGGGAGAGCUGGCAUUUAAUUUUGGGGUUAAUGCAGUGCCUACAGUGAUAGGCAUGAAAGGCGGCAAAGUUAUCAAUAAGUUUGAAGGAGUUGUUGAGCCACCACAAAUAAGACACUUCAUAGAACAGCUUACCAAAGCUUAAUAAAAAAAAAAACAUGUACAGCAUUUUGAUAUAAUUGUUUAUAAGAGUUUUUUCAUGUUUCUAUAAGGAGAGGUCACAGAAACUGUUCAGAGCCCAAGGGGGGACUCCAAUAAAAUAGAUGGGGGUGAUCGUCGGCAAAAUCAGUUUUAACCCUAAGGGAUGCGUUUUGGGUGUGUUCAACAUAAAUUCUUACCCAUAAGAGAUUGCAAAUUGGGUGUGGUUGAAGGAAGUUUUAACCCUAAGAGAUAGCAGAAUCGGAAAAACCGUUUAACAGCCCUCAGGAAUAGCAGUUGAUUAAAUUUUAUACCCUAAGAGAUAGCAGAAUUAAAAAAAAAUCCUUCAACAUCCCCUAAAGGACAGGAGUAGGUUGAAAUUUCUUUACCCUAAAAGAUAGGAUGAUCACCCCAGUCUACUUUUCUGGCCUCCCCCAGGGUUCAAAAGGUCGUGGAUAAAGUGCAAGGGAAAAUAUCUGUAUGUUAAUUAAUUCAGAUGAUUCUUGUGACAGGCUUAUUAUUUCAUUUUUGUAAAAAUAAUAAAACACAGGGGCAUCUCAA